AUGCGGAUAUCUAUGAUAGCCAACCUCCUCUCCUUAGGGAGCUUUGCCUUGGCGGCCUCCAAAUGCAAGACCAGGUCCAUCACCGAGAAGAUUGAGGUCCUUGACCCAAUCCACUUCAAAGAUCUCGGUGCCGAGCGCCUCAAAGUCCGCUACGGCCCCUUCCUCGUCCCGGGCGUGCACGACCCAGAGACCAUGGGCAUGAAGAACUUUGAAGGCCCAUUAGAGGUCCCCUGCACGGAUUGCUACAUCACCAACUUCCACGCGGGCCUCGAGUUCCAAGACGGGUCCGUCGCGAAUGCCGACACGGGAAUGUGGUUGCACCACACCCUCUUGGUGGACUUUAGUGAGCCGGACGUUACUUGCGAUGAGGCACCGGCGAGGCUUUUCGCUUCGGGGAAUGAGCGGACUGUGUUGGACAUUUCGAACAACGGAACCCGAAACGUAGGCGUCUACUUCAGCCCAAACGCCAACAUCACCCACACCACCGAACUCAUGAACGAAUCCGCCCUCCCACGCGCCGCCUUCCUCACCAUCGACUACGAAUUCGUCCUCGCCUCAGACAAGUCAGCCGCCGCCAGCUUCCGCGCCGUCACCCCCGUAUGGAUCGACAUCGCGGGUCUGUGCAGCAACGCCGAGUACAACGUGACGCUUGAUGAGCCCGUAUUCGAUGCCGAGAUUGUGUGGGAGUCGACGAUUUCGGGGGAGAUGCUGAGUGUGAUGGGGCAUUUGCAUGAUGGUGGGGUGAGACAGGAUGUUGGGGUCAAUGGGGAGGUUUUGUGCGAGCAUGUGGCUAGGUAUGGGGAGUCUGCUGGGUUUAUUACGCAUGUUGGGAUGUAUGGGGAUGAGGACGCAGAAGGGCAGGAGGGGGGUCAUGACCACGGAGAUGGAUCGCAUUCUCAUGACGAGGGAGAAGCCGGCCAUGACCAUGGAGAGGAAGGCGAACCAAACCACGAUCACGGAGAAGGAGAAGGCGAGGCUGGCCACGAACAUGGCGAAGAGGAGGACGGCCACUCCGACGAAGGCCACGACCACGGUACCGACGGCCACAUUCUGCACAUCUCCUCCAUGAGCUCCUGCAAGAACCUCGGCUCCAUCAAGCCCGGCGACGAGCUGUCCAUCAAGGCCUACUACAACCUUACGCAACAUACUCCCAUGGCCGGGCACCACGGCGGCCUGGAACCCGUCAUGGGAAUUACCAUGGUGUAUGUUCUUGAGGAUGAGAGCGAAGAGAGCGAAGCCUAA